AUGGCCACGAAAACCUUAAUUUUGCCCACGCCGGAAAAGUUGAAGGAGAUUUACCAGGACCUGGGCAUGACCGAAGAAAAGGCCGACGCAGACGUGCAGACCAUCGUGGAAUGGAUGCGUAAACAGCCCCAUCUCCCCAACCCUGAUGGUGAUGAACGAAGAAUUCGUUUGUUUUUAAUUCUUUGCAAAAACAGUUUGGAGAGGACCAAAGAGUCUUUGGAUCAAUAUUACACAUUAAAGUCAAUGGUUCCAGAGUUCUUCGGUGACAGGGAUCCUACUGCACCACCACUUUUGCGAUCGAUGAAAACAUCUCUUUUCAUUCCUCUACCGAAACUGACUCCGGAAGGCUACAGGGUUUCUCUAAGUCGUAUCAGAAGCCCGGAAAUUGAUAAUUUCGAAUUCUCGGACUACGUCAAGGUCAACUUUAUGUCCAUCGAUAUUAGGCUGUCCAAAUUGGAUAUGUUCAAAAAGGAAAUAUUCGUCUUCGACUUGAAAGACAUCACCAUGACUCUUCUGACCUCUAUGUUACCGCAUAUGAAGAAGUUCGUCUACUGCGCAACAACGGCCUAUCCGUUGCGGAUUCAAGAAAUCCACAUUGUCAACAUGCCCAGCUACGCUCAAACGAUGGUCAACAUGGUGCUGGGUGUUUUGAAAAAGAAAAUCGCCAACAGGAUUAAAAUCCACAGCAGCCUGGAAGAUAUGAAGAAGCACAUCGGUGUGGACAUCCUGCCUCUGGACUACGGCGGUACUUUCCCGAAAACUAGCGAAGAACUAAUCGUUGAUUGGCAAGAAGAAUUGAUGAAACACAGGGACUGGUACCUAUCUCAAAAUUCGGUCAAUUGUGAUGAGAACAAAAGGACGAAGAAACCCUGCGUUAAGGUGAACAUGCUGGCUGGAGUUGAAGGCUCAUUUAGAAAACUCGAAGUCGACUAA